CGAUAGGGCCCUGACAGGGUCCCCGGCGCCGUGAUGGGGCCAUUACAGGACCGCCCGGGGCCGUGACAGGGUCCCUAGGGCCACGAUAGCACAACAGGGCCCUGACAGGACCCCCCAAGGCCAUGACAGGGUCCCCAGGGCCAUGAUGGGGCCGUGACAGAGUCCUCAGGGCUGUGACAGGAUGGUGACAGGGUCCCCAGGGCUGUGACAGGGCCCCCAGGGCCAUGAUAGGGCUGUGACAGAGUCCCCGGGGCUGUGAUGGGGCCCUGACAGGGUCCCCGGGGCCGUGGCAGGACCCCCGUGCGAGCACGGGUCCCCCCUGCAGCGCAGCCCAGCACCACCCCAGCUCCCAAAUCUGCCCCGGGAGCUCCCGGUGACGGAGGCACAGCCGGUUUCUUUGCCCUCCAAGCUGCGCGGGCCGGGUGGGCAGAGGGGGAAAGCUGGCAUGUCACCCCCGGAUAGCGCAGGGGAAUGAGGGCAACCAGGAAUUUCAACUAAGUAGGAGAGCUGGGUCCUACAGCUGAAGCAGCAGCGGCAUGUCGCUUUGUACCAUGCAGUCACGUUCCCCGAUUCACCCUUCCAAGCACUUCAAGCCACUGCACGUGCGGGCAGAGCAAGGCGCAGCAAAGCGAGCGGAACAAUUGGCUGAAAACAUGCAGUGCGUCCAUUUGCUCCCCGAUUCCGGGCCCGGGGGAGUCUAUCAGCAGCGCUCCGGCAGCUGUUUCCGACACCUUGCAAAGCCCCCGCGCAUCUUUCCGUUUACCCCGGCAAUACGUCUGUGUUUGUGCAGCGCCAGCACCUUCCGGAGCCACGGCUACUACCUGUUCCAGGCCAUGAGGUUCACCGUGGAGGAGAUAAACAACUCCAGCACCCUCCUCCCCAAUGUCACCUUGGGCUAUGAGAUUUACGACACGUGUUCGGAGUCUGCCAACACGUACGCGACGCUGCGUGCCCUCGCCCAGAAAGGGCAGCACAGCAUUGAGAUGCUCCGUGCCUUCCAGCGUUACGAGUCCAGGGCUGUGGCCGUCAUCGGGCCCGACAGCACUAAGCUGGCCCUCACCACGGCAGCUAUCCUGAGCCUCUUCCUUGUACCAGAGAUUAGUUACGAAGCCUCCUUGGAAACACUGAGCCUGAAGCAGCUGUACCCCUCGUUCCUGCGCACUAUUCCCAGCGACAGGCAGCAGGUGAAGGCCAUUAUGCUGCUGCUGCAAAGGUUCGGGUGGACUUGGGUUGCUCUGCUGGGCAGUGACAACGCCUACGGCAGGAGCGGGAUGGAGGCCCUCCACGAGCUGCUGAGCGCGGGUGACAUCUGCGUUGCCUACCAAGGCAUCAUCCCCGCAGACAAGGAUGCCAGCAGCCCGGAGCUCCGCCACAUGGUCAGGAUCCUCACAGACAGCAGGGUCAACGUCACCAUCGUCUUCUCCAGCAAACAGAUUGCCCACCCCUUCUUUGAAGUGGUGGUCCAGGAGAACAUCACGGGCAUGGUGUGGGUGGGCACUGAAGACUGGUCUUUAGCCCAAACAAUCUGGCACAUGCCUGGCAUCCAGAGUAUCGGCACUGUGAUUGGGAUGUCGAUCAAGCAGACGGAGUCUGUGCUACUGAAACAUUUUGAAUCUUGGAAAAAUGCAGAGGAAAGUGCCAGCGGCGCAGGGGCAGGCAGGGGAAGUGGCGGGAGCAGCAGGGAGUGCGCCGAGCUGAACUGCACCCAGGGCUGUACGGGAUGCUCCUUGCUCACCACCACCCCUGACGAGUACGACACCAAAGCCUCCUACAGCGUGUACACAGCUGUGUACGCUGUGGCCCAUGGUCUCCACAGCCUGCUGGGCUGUGCAUCAGGAGCGUGCAGCAAAGGCAGGGUCUAUCCCUGGCAGCUCCUAGAAAAAAUCAAGCAAGUAAACUUCAGCCUGCACGAGAACCAGAUCUCUUUUGAUGCCAAUGGGGACAUUCUCAAAGGCUACGACAUCAUGAUGUGGAACUGGAGAGGCCCAAGCUGGUCUUCUGAGGUGGUGGGAUCUUUUAGUGUAAGCCCUGACAGACUGAGUAUUGACCAGGACAAAAUCCUGUGGCACACAGAGGAUAACCAGGUUCCUGUCUCCGUGUGCUCCGAGCCCUGUCAAGCGGGGGAGAAGAGGCUGCAGCAAGGCCGCCACAGGUGCUGCUUCAGCUGCGUGGCCUGUCCAGCGGGAACCUUCCUGAACAGAACGGACCUCUACGCGUGCCAGGCCUGCGGGAGAGAUGAGUGGGCCCCAGCGAGCAGCGAAGCUUGCUUCAACCGGACCACUGACUUCCUGUCCUGGGCCGACCCCCUCUCCUGGGCCCUGCUGACCCUCAUCGCCCUCCUCAUGCUGCUCAUGGCAGGGCUGGCCGUUGUCUUUGCCCUGAACAUCUCCACGCCGGUGGUCAAGUCAGCGGGCGGGAAGAUGUGCUUCAUCAUGCUGGGCGCUCUGGCCUGCGCCUGCAGCAGCCUCUUCUGCUACUUCGGCGAGCCCACCUGGCUCACGUGCCUGCUGAGGCUGCCGCUCUUCUCCAUCAGUUUCACCGUCGUGCUCUCGUGCAUCACGACUCGCUCCUUCCAGGUCGUCUGCAUCUUCAAGCUCAACAGGAAGUGGCCCGCGCUCUACGAGGCCUGGAUGAGGCACCGGGGGCCCGCGCUGUUCAUCGGCGGCAGCACGGCGGCGCAGGCGGCGCUGUGCCUGCUCUGGGUGAGCGCCAGGCCCCCGGUCCCCAGCAGGAACUACGGCGUGUCCGCGGAGCAGGUCGUGCUGGAGUGCUCGCAGGACGGCUCGCAGGGCGCCACCGCCGUGGUCGCCUACAACGUGCUGCUCAGCGCCUGCUGCUUCGCCCUCAGCUACCUGGGCCGAGGCCUGCCCGAGAACUACAACGAGGCCAAGAGCGUCACGCUCUGCCUGCUGCUGCACUUCGCCUGCUCCGCCUGCGUGCUCGCGGCCCGCCGCACGCACCAGGGCCGCUCGCAGCUGGCCGCCACCCUGCUCAACAUGCUCUGCACCGUCGCCGCCCUCCUCGGCGGCUACUUCCUGCCCAAGGCCUACGUCGUCCUCCUCCGCCCCGAGCUCAACACGGCCGCGCACUUCCAGAUGUCCAUCCAGCGCUACACGCUCCGCCCGCCGCCGUGA